AUGAAACGCGGACAGUCCGAGAUGGCGUCUGUCGAAACGCAGUCUCUGAGCACGAAAAAGGCCAAGCUUGAAAAUGGAAAACCAGCACAGGCAACACCGCCAGUACCACCACCAACCGCAGCGGACCAGGCAAACGGCGAAGAAUGGACCAAGGUGGAGAAACGAAAGAAGAAAAAGGCGUCAAAGAACGAGGGCAAAGUCGAACAGACCACACAACCUCGGUUCAUGUACUCGAACCACGAGAUUGUCAAACGGAGCCAUGCUAUUAACAUCGAUGAUGUCAGAGAUCUCGUGCUGCAUCUUAUCGCGGAUGCACCACCACCAAAUUGGCUACGUAUAGAUAAUGCGAACAUGGUCCAAAAGGUCGUCGCACUGCUCGUGCCAGGACUCACCCCUGAAUUGCUCUCCCUGCCUCCUCUCCCCACCUCGGCGACACAGAACCCUAAUCUACCACUAUCAAUACCCCUUCUGCCGUCGACGGCUGAUACCGCCAGUAUACCCUUCAUUGCCACCACCUUUAGCCACGCGUGCCCAACACGUGCGCCGGGCGACCAGACGCGAAUGCAUAGUGUGCUCAGCACAUUCUUCACAGGGCCUGUUAGCGGCGAGGAAAAGAAGCGGAGGCUUACGCAGAGAGUGCAAUCAGAGCUCAACAAAACGGAUCCGACGCAGUAUCUGCUAACGUUGGAACAGAUGAUCGAAAAUGACUAUCCUAUACCUUCCUAUAUGGCCGACGUGUUUGAGAAACCGACGGGGUGGAUGGAGACGCCCCAGCCUACAGGAAACGAAAAUAAGGAGAAGCAAAAGAUAUACGCCAUCGAUUGCGAGAUGUGCUUGACGGAGGACGGAAAAGAGCUGACGAGAGUCUGUAUUAUUGACUAUAACACCGGCAUCGUCAUCUACGACCAGCUGGUGAAGCCCACAAAGCCAAUCACCGACUACCUCACGCGAUGGUCAGGUAUCACAGCAGAAGCUCUCGGUCCAGUGACAACAACACUGGCCCAAGUUCAAGCACACGUUCUCCGUCUCCUCUCCCCACCUGCCCCCAACCCGUUCUCAUCGUCUACGACAACAGAACCGCCACCCCCUACCCCCAUUCUCCUCGGGCACUCCCUUGAGUCUGACCUGAAAGCCCUCAAAAUCUGCCACCCGCGCUGCAUCGACACCGCACUCAUCUACCACCACCCGCGUGGCCGGCCACUGAAACCGGGCCUUGCCUGGCUCACGAAGAAAUGGUGCGGGCGCGAGAUCCAGACGCGCGGCGAGGGCGGACACGACCCGGAAGAAGACGCGCGGGCGUGCCUCGACCUGCUAAAAAAGAAGAUGGAGAACGGGCCUGGAUACGGCGAGUUCAAAAUCGACUUUGAGUCCAUUUUUGAGCGCAUGGCGCGUUCGACUGCGAAGAACGGCCGCGUGGUGGGUGGGGUGAAGAGCGCGGUGGUGGACCAUGGGAACCCGUCGGUUAUGCAUGGCGCGAAGGCGAAUACGGCGAUUGGGUGCAAGAGUGACGAUGAGAUUUUGGAGGGCCUUUUGAAUGCCAUCCCGUCUCAUCAGUUUGUGUUUGGCCGGUUUAUGGCACUGGCCAAUGCGCUUGGAUGGGUAACGCCCAAGGCUUCAGCGGACGGACCUCUUCCCUCUCCUACCACCGUCGACCCACCUCCUUCAGCAACUGAACUCGCGCCUGUCCUUACACAGCUCAAUAAACAUCUGAAAACUCUGCACGCCAAUCUCCCACCGCGGUCUGCUGUCGUGAUAUUUACUGGUCAUUCAGACCCUCGCCGGAUGUCAAUUCUGAACGCUCGCAAGAACGCGUUCGACACCGCACUCAAGAGUGGUAAGACUCCAGAAGAAAUGCGCCUAGCUGGCUUGACAUGGUCGGCCAGUGAGGGUAGGGAUUUGGAGGAGGCUGUCGAGCUUGCACGGAGAGGUCUGCUUUUCCUUGGGAUAAAACAGUAG